AUGCCGACCGCUGCGCUGCUCUGCGCACUUUGCUUCUGCCUCUUGGCCGCGGCCGCUCGCGCCGGCUACUCGGAGGACCGCUGCAGCUGGAGGGGCAGCGGCCUGACCCAGGAGCCCGGCAGCGUGGGACAGCUCUCCCUGGCCUGUGCGGAGGGCGAGAUCGAGUGGCUGUACCCGGCCGGGGCGCUGCGCCUCACCCUGGGCGGCUCCGAGCCUGGCGCGCAGCCGGGCAUCGUCUGUUGGCGGCCGACGCGGCCCUUCGCAGGCGCCCAAGUCUUCGCGGAGCGGGCGGGCGGCGCGCUAGAGUUGCUGCUGGCCGAGGGCCAGGGCCCGGCUGGGGCCCGAUGCGCGCGCUGGGGUCCGCGCGAGCGCCGGGCCCUCUUCCUGCAGGCCACCCCGCAUCCCGACCUCAGCCGCCGCGUGGCCUCCUUCCGCUUCGAGCUGCGGGAGGACGGGCGUCUGGAGCUGCCCCCGCAGGCCCGCAGCCUUGGAGCGGAUGCUACCUGUAGACCCUGCAGUGAUGCCGAGCUCCUCCUGGCCGUGUGCACCAGUGACUUUGUGAUCUAUGGAAGCAUCCUUGGAGUCGCCCACGACGCAGAGCUACAGGAAUCUGUCAUCACCGUGGCAGCUGCCUGCGUCCUCCGCCAGACACUGCCGGUUUUCUGGGUGGGGGGCUCCGGGGGCCAGGGGCAGGCCUCCAUUCGCAUCCCACUGCACUGUGGUGUGCACCCCGGCCCUGGCACCUUCCUCUUCAUGGGCUGGAGCCGCUUUGGUGAGGCCUGGCUGGGCUGCGCUCCCCGCCUCCAGGAAUUCAGCCGUGCCUACGCAGCUGCCCACGCUGACCACCUGCACCCCUGCGAGGUGGUGCUGGACUGA